AUGUUUUCAAUAGACACAGCAGCCAUUAGCAGGUGUUCUUCACUUGAACGCGUUCAGGAAUCUCAUUCAAGAAUCGUAUCGACCAACAACCGCGUUCUGUGUGCCUACACUGUGUCAAGUCAGCUUCCUCAUUCCCGGCCUCUCACCAUUUCUCUUCUCUACCUCCCUCUUCCCCUCUCUCUAGCCCUCGCUUUCAUCUUUCUUUCUUUCUAUCAUUAUCCCACUCGCUCUUCACCUUUCUACUUCUUUUACUCUGCCUCCUUUCCCUCCUCUCUCUCUCUCUCUCACCCUUCUUGCCUCCCAUUUCUCUUUAUUUUUCUCUGUAUUCCUUUCUUCGUCUAUUUCUUCUCCUUUCCCUCGUUUUUUACUUCCUUUAUCGCUUUGCGUUAUGUUUGCUUAUUUUUCCUUUUCCUACUUCUUUCUUUUAAUUUUUUUCUCCUUUUUUUUCUUCUUCAUCCCUAUUUUUCCAUCCCUUUUCAUCCCUCUUUAUUCCAUCCUCUCUCUCUCUCUCUCUCUCUCUCUCUGGUUCUAUAUGAAUCUAUUCCUUAA